UGGCUCUCCACAUUUUCCACAGCUGGCCUGGUACUCCUGCCAGUUAGCUGGAGAGGAGACAGCACCAAGCCCCUGGAGGAGAGAUUUGGGGCUGAGGACAGUGUGAGCUCUUGCUCCUGUAAAGAUGCUGACCUGGGGUAUCCCAUGGACCACUCCCUCAAAGUCAUCCAGGACUCUUUUUUUGCCUUCCUGCAAUGUGGAGGCUCAUCUCCGCAUCUCUCCCGUCACACAAGAAGGGAUGUGGAUGCAGUGAUGCUCAUGACUGCUGCUCUGCUUGCCAGGGGCUGGCAUGGAGGCCCAGCAGAGAGGCUCAUGCUUGGACACUGCCCCAGUGGGACUAAAACAGUCUGGCUCUUUUAACGAGGCUUCCUUGCUUGCAAAGGCUGGGUUCCACUGGGAUUUUAACCUCCGAGUCCCGGGGACUCUCUGUGCUCCCUGCAUGACCCUGCAGGGAGGAGGCUGGACGGUUAUCCCGCUUUAUGCCUGCCCAGAGGGCUGGAGAGAUGAUCAAAGAGCAACACUUCAGCAUUGCUUCCCGCAUGGCAGUUACCUCUUUUGGCAGGAUGCUGGCCCUCCCCAGAUGCAGCCGAGGGGGAGAGCAGCAGCACAAGGCCAUCCCUGGGCGUGCACGGCACCGAUACCGCUCCUGCCGACAGCCCGAGCGCCGCAGGGCAGCAGGCACGGCCGGGGGAGAUCUGUGGGGCUGCCCUUGACCCGGAGCCCUCAGCCCUGCGGGUCGGCGCGGCUCAGCUGCCGCUAUCUGGGCAGCUGCACCUCGGCCGGUGCCGUGUGCCCCGGCUCUGAUAGCAGCCCUGCCCCGCCAGCCUGGCUGCCUUUAUCUGGGGGCCGGGGCGGCUGCGGCUGCGGCAGGGGGGCUGCGGGCUGGGCCCCCCAGCAAGUGCACAAACAAGCUCAGGAUGUGAGCACAAUGGCCAGGAGCUGCCUUUGAAAAGCGGGGGGACGCAGCGUGGCCGCCCUGGGGCACAUCAAAGGUCUGUGGCACUCUGCGCUGCUGAGAAAGCCCAAGGGUUUGAUGGACUGGCCCCAGCACAAGGGGCCAAGGGUGUGAGUGAGGGGAACUGGAAAGGGAAAAGAAAGAAGUGAGGAGAGAACACAGGAGCUGGGACACGGUCAUGUGGGUCUCUUCCUCAAAGACGUGGGCCUCUCGUGAAUUCCCUUGUUCUGGCUUUUGCUGAUCUGUAUCUGGAGUGCAGCACACAGCCCCUCUUUCUCCUUCUUCAGUGCACAUCCAGGCAGCCAUUCCAGGUCAUUCACUGAUGUGAACUGCUUCGUGUACAAUUUUGCAAGCACUUCUCUUGAAUCAGCAUAUGCCACCGCUGAGGGCUCUUGGGGGUUUUCCCUUCCAGACUUGGUGGUUAGAAUCCUAGAGAGCAUACAUCCACAGUUUGUGGUGUUUUGCCCAAGAAGCAUUAUGUGGCCAGAAGGAAACUUACUGUUACUUAACAGCCUUGGAAACAGCUCCACGCAAUACUUGGACCGAGCCAAGAUAGGGUGGGAGCGAUCUGCUUCGUAUGCUGGACAUGUAUCUGCCCGGCUGGGUCCUGCAGUGCCUGCUGUACCUCUCUGGCAGGAUGUGGUCCUGCAAAAGUCCCUGACUGCUCACUCCUGUGCUCCCAAAAGGGCCUGGAAAGCCCGGGAAAGUUUUACCUCUGAUUUGCUCUGCAGCGUGUGCACACACUGCUGCUUUUGGAUAAAAGCCUGAGCCUGCUCAGUGGGAACCACCCUCUGUGAUAAGGGCACAUGUUGACUUAGAGAUUAGAACUGUCCACUGCUUUGUUGUUUUUUUUUUUAAUGUGCAUUUAUUGGCAUAAGAGCAGUGCAAAGGACAAAGGAAAAGCAUGACAUAAAAAAAGCCAACAACCCUGUGCAGCAUUGCAGGCUCUGAUGGGUAGGAGGUGUCCCUAAGAGGGCUGGAUGAUAGCUUUGCUCUUGGGAAGAGGCUGUAGCCUGCAGAUGCUCGCCCCAGGCAUUUGGGAGCAGCAGGCAAAGUGGUGCCUCCUCUGUGGAUUUGUGAUUGAAGGGAUCUCACUGUCCCUUCCUCUCUUGAUGCCAUUGUCAGAGUAAUUAAAUGCUCCCAGGCAGGUGCCAGAGCCUUUUGCAAACUGAGAGUUGGCUUUGUCUUGUUGACCUGCUGGAAAUACCUUGUUUUAGGGUGGAUUAAUCUCUCAUAGCAAUAUCUGAAAGCAAAGAGGGAGCUUUAAUUGUGGUGGGAUUAGCACAGUGGGGCUGAAUAGAGAGAGCAGGAGCUUUCUCACUACCUGCUAAUCGCCUCUUCUCUGCACUGGUGGCAGCUGCAACACCUGCCCCCAGCUGCUGUGUGCCAGCUUUGUGCCAUGGGGACCCAGGGAGGCCAUGUGCCUUGCAGGUUUAUUUAUGGAGCAGAGGGUGAGAUGUGGUGCUCAAACCAGGGUACCUUAAUUUGUCUCUGGUAGCCAGGGGUGGGAUGCUUUCAUCACUCAGGUGCUUGACACGGCCCUGGGGAGCUCAUGCCUUUCUCUUGGGCUGUUGUGGGAUCCCAGGGGCUGAGCUGAAACCCGCGGGCUGCAGUUUGCAGCCAGCCCCCAAUGCCAGACACGGCAGGCAGCAGACAUGGUCGAUAUAAAUAUGAGUCUGGAAUUGUUUUCCCUGGGACAGGAGAAGCAGAUCAGUGCCUCAAGGGCAAAUCCCCCAGGAGGUGUAUGCUUGGAGAAGGCCUGUGACACUCCCAGCUCUUGUAAUGAGAUAAGCAGCCUGUGCCUCAGCCAAAUUCCUGACCUUCCCAUGCCUGCUGGUCUGCUCUGCAACAGCCUCCUGUCCCUGGCAGGCACUGUUCCCCCAGGUCCCCUUCAAGGGCAAAUUUCCAUGGUGGGCUAUAAGAAGGAAAAACUUUGCCUGUCCCCCUCUGUCUUGGGUCAGUGGGAAAAGCUAGUUUUACCCUAGGGGAAAAAAAAUCAGUUUGUAUUUUUGUCUUGAUGUGGCCUGAGAGUCAGUCUUUCCUGCAGCUAGAAAAACUCUCUGGUCCAACUAAUGAAAACAACUUCCCCUGCUCUCUUCCCCACUCCUCCAGUGAAUAGUGGGAUGUAUUUGGUUUUAGCUCCUGACUUUUAGUCAUCUGUGGUCUGUAAAGGAAUGAUCAACAGGGACUGUUUCCAGCACCAGCCUCUCCUUUAGCUCUGCUUAGCUCAGUAUGUUCACGAGAACUGUUCUGGGGGCUGCUGAGCCCUCUGUGCCAGUGCAGCCACCCUCUGUGGCUCUCUCCUCACCUUCAUGCCAUUGCAGAAUUUGCUUGGUGUCAUUACCCCUCUCUGGAGAAAGAACCUUUCUUUGCCUGUGCAUGUUCUGGUGGCUUUCAUGGCAGAUGUAAAUUUGGAGGUUUUAUUUAUUACUCAGUGAUGCAAAAAUGGCAAAGAGGCCCAAGGUGAUGUGCACCUCUCCUAGUGCUGCUCCAGCCCUGCCUUCUCUUCCUCAUCAUUGGAAACUGGGGCUGAAAGUCCUUGUCCCUUUGCUUUAUCCCACAGCAGGGACUCGGGGAGGAAGUACACCCAGGAGAGAGGCUUGUCCUGGGCUGAGUAUGGCUGUCAGCAAGAACUGGUGGUGCUGGGCCCCCACCACCCUCUGCCUCGGCUCCCUGCAGCCCACAGGGUGCUGUGCUCACGGGUGUGAGUGCCAGCCAGCUGGACAAACCCACAUGUCCCACACAUGGACAUCACAAGUUUGGGCACAGACACAUGUACAUGCAAAUGUCUGCCCCUACCCACGCCUGCACUCAACACGAGUGUGCCCACAUCCCUCCAGGCAUGUCCAUCCCCUCCCACCCCUCUGCCUCCCUGCCUGCCAGAGCAGGAGGGAGCAGGCUGCAGGUGGGAGUGCUUGCCCAGCACCCUGGUGUGGACCUGGCACUGGUAGAGGUGACAGGAAGGGAAGGGAAGGUAUUUUUCUUGGUUUCCAUUGAGCUGCACUUGGGAUGCUUUCCCAGCUGCAUUGAGAGGCAGAAUCACUUGGGGACAGCUGGAGAAGUCUCUCUGAGGGCUGCAGGCCUUCUCUGAGCAGAUGGGACUACUCCCCGUGCCUGACUCAAGUGGUUGUGGGCGACCCCAUGGGGUGGCCGGGGCUGGUGGGUGGGUGUCAUGGAGCUGAGAAGGUCAUCAGGGGAGCAGCACCUCCCUUCCACAAACACACCGUGUCUCUACUGGCUCUCUGGGAAAAUAUUUGUCCAUCUGACUUUUUAAAGCCUCAGGAUUUUCACCUGCGAGCUUCUUGCAGCUCAGACUAUGAAAAUAAAACUCCUGACCAAAGCAAACGCUCAAAGCCCACUCAGAGGGUGUGUUAACCUCGUCAUUCACCAAAAGCAAACAUGGGCAGUGACGUGGCUAUUUUAGGUAGCUGUGGCAGAAAAAGGCCCCUCUGUUUUUCAGACAAGGUGCCUUUUCAUUCAGAGGUUGGGGGAGGCUUCUAAGAAACCAGUGGCAUGUCACUGGGACACCCACUGGAAAUGCAGAUGUUACCUUGCAGCAGGAAAAUAUUUCUUUGCCUCCGAAGCCCUGGAGCAGGCAGGAAGCAGCUCCCAGGAGUGUUGACUGUGGUAUUUCCGCAGGAUCCCCCCAGCUGGGCCUGUUCAUCCCCUUUGAAGGACACAAAGCCCUCACCAUGCUGAGCCCCACAGCUUGGUCACUUCCCUUCUGGCCCGGUGCAGCGCCGUCAGACGUGGAGCUGCUGGGAGGAAAAGCAAACAGAAAGGGGCCCAGAAGAGCUGGACAGAAGGUGGGGGUGUUAUCAGGUACCCCAUCUGUGAGGCUCUGUUGAAACAGGAGGAGAAGGCUGGGGCCAUCAAAGCUGCUCUGAUGGCCUCGAUCCAGAUCAAAGAAAGGUUUCAUCCAGCUUCUGCUGGGCUUCUUUCAUCUUGUGGUGGGCUCCCCUUCCUCCCAAACCAGGCACAGACCCCGCCAUCCUCUUCCUCUUCUCUGUCUGGAGGAUGACCUGUGGAAUGCUGGGCAUUGCAAAGGGCAGCCCCCUGCCCUGGGGAGCCCCUUUGGUCACCUGUGGGGCCAGUGGACCCUUGGGUGGGCCCGUGCCCCAGGAAUGGUCUGGAAGCGUGAUUGAGGCUAUGGCAUGGGCGAUAAGCCAGCCUGUGGGGAAGGGCUGUUCCACUCUUGGGGCACACCCAUCCCAGCUCAUCGCAGUUUUUACGCACUACACAAGAUCCUAGACAGCACAGAAAGUCACAGACAUAUUUCUAGAUGUGUGUGUGCAUGUUAUGUGUGGCCUUUCUAUGAUUAUAUGUACAUGGUCAUAUGAUCUCAUCUGUUUUGGGAAGAGGUGUCUUGCUGACCUGAACUGCAGCUGAGGGCUGCUGAGGGCUCACAAGCCAGUUCCCUGUGGGUGACCCCUUUAGUUGCUGUGGGACAGACACAGUGAUGGCCUGGUUGUGCCAAUGUCUCACUUCUCUUCCCAGCCUGGCAGCAUGGGAGCCUAGUGAGGGUGGCAGCCUCUGUGGUGGCACCCAGACCUGUAUGGGAAGGGACAGGAGAGUCCCUGGGGGUGUCGCCAGGGCUGUGCACAGAGGCUGGACCCCUGCUAUGGCUGAGCAGUGUUUCUGAGAGCUGGAGCAUGGGGAGAUUUUGCCCACACGCCCUCUGCAGCACUUCUGUUUCCCAAGAAGGUUUGAUAUCCGGGGCUGGCUUUUCUGUGACACAGUGAGCUGUUCUGGUUAGCACAAACCCCCAGCUCUGCCCUGUGCUCCCCGUGUGCCGCACUCUGCCGCUCUCACCCCACCGCCGCUGUCCCAUGGCACCUCCUGGGCGUGUCCCAUCACCCAUGGCCGGGCAGGGGACUUGGGGCUGGGGUCUCUAACAGGAAUGGUCCUUAUUGCCUCCUGCUGGGAAAAGGGGAUUUUCCCUGCCCAAAAGGGGAAGCUGCGGCUGGAAGAACUCCUACCCCAAACCCCUCAGAGGCCAGAUUUUUCCUGGUGACCUUGAGGCAGAGGCUGGAGGCAGCCAGCUGGCUCCCAGGGCAGUAUCCCCCCCCCCAUCUAAAAUGCCAGCCUGGUCUGUAAAUAACACCUGGCAUGGAUCUUUCCCCAUGCACCAGAGCAAUGAGAGACUUAGCCCUCUGUAGCCUCAUGUUGCAGGAGUCAUGCCCAUUUUAUUGGGAAAAUGAGGAAAUUGAGGUAUGGUGGAGUCUCUGACUCUGCCUUGCAGCUGUGGGUUUGCAGGGCACUGGGAAGUGUUUUUCAGUGGCACAGGACUGUCCCCACUGCAAAGGGGAGGAUUUGUGGAGGGCUGUUGCUCGGACAGGGGGUCUACACUUUCUCCCACCCCAGCUGUGCUGUCAGGGCAGCCAGGGCACCCUCACCUGCCCAGAGAAGGGACCCAGAGGGGCCCAGUGUCUCACACCCCUGCAGUAGCCCCCCUGCCCUCAUCACCCACUGCUCCCUUCUGGCCGUAUCUCCCAGGGACGGCAGCUCCCACCCCUCCCACUGCCUCCCGGGGCAAUCAGUGGGGAACACAUGGACCUUAUCUGUGGCCAGCCAUGGGAAGGGCUCCCUGCCAUCCCUAUUAGUGAGGCAGCUCCAGACCUGGGCUGAGGGGAGCCAGCCCCAUUCUCACUGUGCUGGGACCAGGGCUGGGGACAUUGUCACUGCCUCACACUGACCAUUGCAGGAGGAUGCCCAAAGUUCUGGGACCCCUCUCCAGUCUGGUGGCCAGUGUUGCUGUGUCACCGACAGAUUUGCAGGGGUCCAGCCAAGGCCAUCAAGCUGGGCAGUUGUGGAUUGUGUUGGAAUGUUGAAAGCAGAUGGUGGAAGCAGUGCUACUUCUGCCAGCAGGAUCCACACUCCUCAUCCACUUCCACCAAACUCAGCAGCAAUUUCCUCAUCAGGGAGAAGCUUUCAGGGCUGAGGGGGCUGAAAAGGGCCAGAACCAUGGAAAAGGCUUUCCUGCCCUUUCACAUCUCUGAUGGACCUUUGUGUUUUAUUUAUUUCUCGAGUUGUGCCCACCCUCCAGUUCUGUGGCUUGGCAGGGUGCUGCUGGAAAACUGGCAGGGUGGGGAUGCUGACUCUCCUAAACCCCAGGAGUGUGGGGAACAGGGUAAUCUGUGGCCAUGCAUGGGCACAACCCUUUGAAGAGGUGCCUGUGGAGUGUGGCUUUCCCCAGAGGUGGGUGGCAGACAUCCCCCCAUGCCAAUGGGUGCCAAUGCUCUCAGGGGGCUGGUCCUACCUGGCACAGGCACUGGGCAGAGCGUGGGAGGUCCCCUGGGAGAGGGAGCAUCCUGGCUGCUCUGUCUCACUGAGCAGGAUCUGUCCCUCUGUGUCCUGUGACAGCAGUGACCAUGAAUCACCAAAAGCUCAGGGUGCAGAUCUUUAUUGUCCACUUGUCUGGCUGGGCCACAGCCCGAGUUGGACAUGGGGUUCUCACUCCCCAGCAUCACAAUCAUCCACCAUAGCCUCAGGCUCUGGGUGGGAAAGGAGAGUAUGAGAAGGAAUGUGUUUCUUGUCUCCUACCAGCUCCUACCAAGGAUACAAAUGCAGAGUUUUCUUCCCUGCCAUGUCCUGGCCAUGGGGAAGAUGGUGAUGGUCAGCUGGGAGCCUGCUGUGCCCACAGAGGUCAGCCCCUCUGGCCAUAGCCACAGGGAAUUAGUGAUGGGUGGAAAACUGUCUAAACCCCAUACAAAUAUUUGCAUUUUAAGGGCUUUCCCAAGUAUUGGGGAACGCUGACACAGCAGCAGUGUGGGUGGUGCUGGCAUGCUGAGAGGGUCUGCUUGGCUUUUUUUGAGGGAGAGAGAAUUUCCAUGGUCAAAGAGUUUUGUUUAAAAUUUAAAAAAAGCUAAAUGAGCAAAUGGGGAGAAUUUCCAGCACUGCUGCAAGUUUCUCUGCCAGCUCCUUGGGGUGAAACAGCCACCCUGAUGCUGAGUGGACCACAAACCUUCAAACCACCCCUUGCCGUGGGCUGGUGGGUGUAUGGCUCCCAUCUCCGUGUCCCUUCUUCCUUCCCUGCUGAAAGAGUUUUUGGCAGGAAAGGGAGUCCCUGUGACUGUUCUGCCCUGGAGCAUCCUGAAGGUCUGGGGCUGAGGUAGAACUGGUGUGAGUUUGACCCAUCUGUUGGCCCCCAUGGCCAUGCCAGGGGAUGCCCACCUGCCAGCUUUUGGCAGUGGUGGCAGCCUGUGUGGAGAAGGCUGACUGAGGGACAAGGGUGGCCAUGGACCUUAAGGGCUUCAGGAUUGCACAUCCCAGGUAUAGACAGGGGCUGGAAUAAGGGAGAAGGUGGAGGGACUCUGGGCUAUCCCAUCCCACUGCAUUCCCCCUCUCCACACCCAUUUCCGCCAGCUCCUGGGGCAGGUUGAAGCAAGCAAGUCACAGGCAUGUCCCAUCCUGCUGGUGCAGGGAGGGCUCAGCACCUUGGGCUGCAGGGGCAAGAGCCCUCCAUGUCCCCAGGGGACAGCUCUGGGUUGGUGACACCCAGACCCCAAAUACCCUGUCCGCAGGAGAACUCUGUGUGUGUGUGUGUGUGUGUGUGUGUGUGUGUGUGUGUGUGUCCCAGGCCCCUGCAGGGUGGUCUAGGGCACGGUGAUGGGGCUGGGGGCUUGAUGCAGGUAGGUCAGUGCUGUGGGUGUCACUGGGGCAUCCAGCCCCAGCAGGGAUGCAGAGGGGGGUGAGGGCAGCAAUGGAGCCCUCCUUGCACACGUGUGCGUGUGUGCUGGGAGCCACUCAUGCAGAGCAUCAGUGUGUGGGGCUGCCCUCUGCUCUGCGCUGGGGGCUCAGCCAGGUUCUCCAUCCCCCUCAUGGGCUGCCAGGUUGCUCCGUGCCCCACAGCUGUACCUUGAACCUCAGGGUGUGCUGUGCCUGGGGAACACAGGGGAGCAGGGCUCAGUCAGGCUCAGGUACUACCUGAGCAGCAAGAAGGAUCAGCAUGGUGCUGCAGCAGUGACUCAGGGAUGACCAGACAUAGGUGUGGUGGGCAAGGGGAUCGGCACGUGCCCCUGUGCAGCGGGCACCCAUGGGUGGUGCUGGCCCUGGGGCUAUGCCAGGCAGGGGAAGAGGCUCCUGCACAUGUCUGGGUGGUGCAGCACGUGUGGCUCUGUGCUGGGGCUUGGCUCUGCUUCCCCGGGGCCAGGGAUACGUGCAGAUCAUCCCAGUGCUGAUGGACCACAGGGGGAUGAGCACCAGGUGGAUCACAGGACAGCAGGACUGCCAUGACAUAGCCUGCAGUGACCAUCACAAAAAGGCCAGCACAGCAGAUGUCACAGGAGCUGAUGUGUUUCUUCAGCUGUAGGCAAAGCUGGUGAUACAGGGGUGCUGGGUGGGGGGAUCCCCAUUGGUCCCUGCACCCCACGGGGCCAGGAGCAGCCAUGGUGAGGGGUCUGCUUGUGCAAGGUGUGGGUAAGUGUGUGUGUGAGUGUGAGUGCAGAGGGCUGGCUGUGCAGCAUGCAGUGUGCCAGGUUAGGUUACAGCAUAUAGGGCAGAAAAGGACAUGUACAGGGACAGGGAUAGGGACAGGGAUACGGGGCUUGGCUAAUGGAGCUGAGAGGAGGGGAGGGACAGGUGUACACAGCACCUUGGAUAUGCACAGUCCUCACAGGGCUCCUCCCCCAUCCCAUUCCCACACAACUGGAUCAUGCACACCCAUUCCUCCCCCAGUCCCUCCCCACAAUCCCAUUCCCAUGACAGCAGCAGCAUCCUGCUCCUACAGCAAGGUGCAGAGCACCCAUCUGGGGCCCUGGUACCUCUCUGCCAGAGGUGCAAAGGGCAGUAGUUCCAAGGAGACCCAGUAUAAACCAGAAUUCAUUUUCCUUGAAGGGCUGGGAGAACACCCGGAGCCAUGGACACCCCUGGGACCCAUGAGGAUUCCGGGAUCUAUAAGAUGAGGGUACAGUGCUCCCGCUGCCUGAGCCCCAGCUCCCCACUCAGAUUGUUCCCUCCAGCCCUCCGGUCCCCUCCGCGGGCCGGGGGCUGCUGAUGUCCCGAGGCCAGGGCUCUGAGCUCUGGGCCAGCCCUGCCCUCUAGUGCCGUGGGAGCUGCUCCGUGCAGCGCUCAGCCCCUGAGCUGAGCCACCCACAGUCCUCCCAUGGCCCGCAGAGCAGGGCAGGGGCUGACAGGCUUCCCACCGCCCCCGGCACCGCCUCGCACCCCGACACUGCUGCUGAGGGGACGUGAGGACACGUCCCGGACCCUCGGUGGCACCACCAACCCGUGUCGGGGCUACUCGAGGGCGCCGCGGUGUCGCCCCAGGCCCUGCGGGGACAGCUCCCUUCCCGGCGCCCGGGGCGAUGACCUGGCGGCCGAAGCCCUCGCUGGGCCGGGACGGCGUGGGCUGCGCCAAUGGGUGCCGCGGCUGCCGGGGAGGGAGGGAAGCUCUGGAGGCUCUGGUUAAACUGGAACAAGGAGCGGCAUCGUCCCGCGGUCCCUGCCCCGGGGACUCUGACCCCGUGGGCCGGCGAGGGGAGCUGAGGCGGGCGGGGACGAGCAACCUCACAGCCACUGAGACGGAGCCAGUGAGGAGCCGAACAGGAUGGAUCCCGCUUUGGAGCUGGCAGAUGACCCCAGGUGAGUGCUGGAAACCCCCGUGCGGCUUUGCAGCCGGGCAAAUCCAACUUUUGGGGUCUGACCUUUGGAUGAUUCAUUCCCUCUGUAAAGGGAGGGUGAGUGGUGGUGAGGCAAGCCAGCCAGGGGACUACGGACCCUCCGGGGCUGCGCGUCCCUGCGGCCCCGUGCAGCGCUCCCGUUCUGCCCCGCAGGUUCUCCCGCCCUUUGGUGGAGAUGCUGAUCAGGAACUUCAGCGUGCCGGCAGCCUGCUUCUCCCUGCCGCCCACUUCCCGGCAGCUGCUGCACCAGCUGGACAUAGCCCAACUCAUCAUCCUGGGCCUCUGCACCAUUAUGACACUGCUCUCGGUUGGGAUCUAUGUGGAGGAGGUUUCGUACCUGUUCCGCAAGAUCCGCUGCCCUAUCAAGAUGAAGACCCUCUGCUGGAGCAGCUCAGCCCCUACGGUUGUGUCAGUGGUCAGCUGCUUUGGCCUGUGGUUCCCGCGCUCCAUGAUGGUGGUGGAGAUGGCUACCACGGCGUGAGUAUCACCCACCCGGGGACAGGGCACCACGGAGCCCACAGGGCUUCACCUGCCUUCCUCCUCCUCCCCAGGUACUUCGCUGUCUGCUUCUACCUGCUGAUGAUGGUGAUGGUGGAGGGCUUUGGGGGGAAGGAAGCACUGCUCAGCACCCUGAAGGACGUGUCCAUGGUGGUCAGCACUGGGCCCUGCUGCUGCUGCUGCCCCUGCCUGCCCCGAAUCACCAUGAGCAGGAAAAAGCUUAAAUUGAUGAUCCUGGGGACUUUCCAGUACCCCUUCCUCAGGGCAGUUGCUGUCUUCCUGGGGCUGAUCCUGUCUGCCGAUGGGAAUUACAACCCUGCUGACAUUUCAGCAGAGAGCGUGGCCCUCUGGAUCAACACCUUGGUUGGUGUCUCCACCCUCUUUGGGCUGUGGGCCCUGGGCAUCCUCUUCCGGCAGGCCCGGCUGCACCUGGCUGAGCAGAACAUGCAGGGCAAGUUCACCUGUUUCCAGAUCCUGCUCCUCCUGACGGCGCUCCAGCCUGCCAUCUUCAGCAUCCUGGCCAACGGCGGCACCAUUGCCUGCUCGCCGCCCUUCUCCUCCAAGGCCAGGUCACAGCAGAUGAACGUGCAGCUGCUGAUCCCACAGACCUUCAUCCUGGCCGUGCUGACGCGCAUGUACUACCGCAAGCAGGACGACAAGCCGGGCUACCAGCCCGUCAGCUGCGCACCCGCAGGCGUCAAGGCGUGAGCAGGAGGGAGGAACUGGGUGCCAAGGGGCAGAGUGGAGUGAGGGGCUGGUCUGCCCUGCACAAUUUUCUCCUCCUGCCCUGACCCUGGGAGCUGCUGGCAGCAGAAGAGGCAGAAGGGGAAUGGGCAUUUGGGACAGAAUGAAAAGGUCUGAAACCUAAAGGCUGUAAGCCAAGGAGGUCCAUGGAGCCACCUCCAGCCUAGAGGCUCUUGUCUAGCACUGAGUAAAGAUAAAUUUUUACUGGAGUCUUGCAUUGGUUCAUAUUAUCUCUACCCAGGCUGGGUGGGAGAUGACUUCAUACAG